GAAUGGAUGGCUCGGCUUUCGCGGCUGCAGUGCGCACUCUCGUUCCUGAUCAUCCUCCUGGUAGCCUCUCUCGAGUGCCAGGAGGAGGCCCAGAGCACCGACUGGCGGGCCACCCUUAAGACCAUCCGGAAUGGAGUUCACAAGAUAGACACGUACCUGAACGCCGCCUUGGACCUCCUGGGAGGCGAGGACGGACUCUGCCAGUAUAAGUGCAGUGACGGAUCUAAACCUCACCCACGUUAUGGUUAUAAACCCUCCCCACCGAAUGGAUGUGGCUCCCCGCUGUUUGGUCUAAACAUUGGCAUCCCUUCCCUGACAAAGUGCUGCAACCAACAUGACAGGUGCUAUGAGACCUGUGGCAAAAGCAAGAACGACUGUGAUGAGGAGUUCCAGUACUGCCUCUCCAAGAUCUGCCGUGACGUGCAGAAGACACUUGGGCUAGCUCAGCAUGUGCAGGCUUGUGAAACAACAGUGGAGCUCUUGUUUGACAGUGUUAUACAUUUAGGCUGUAAACCAUACCUGGACAGCCAAAGAGCCGCAUGUUGGUGUCGUUAUGAAGAAAAAACAGAUCUUUGAGGAAGAUGCAAACCACUGAUAACCAAAUGUGGAUGGAAGAAUACACCUUUUUGACAACAAACUAAUGUUUUUACAUCUUAAAGCUGCCUUAUUUU